CAUCACAUCCUAUUUCAUUUAUCCUUCCGAGUUUCUAGAACUCCCCAUCGUUUUUAAUGGCGGAUAGUUCAAAUUCAUAUUCCAAUGCAAAUACUUCAAACAGAGUAUCAAGCAUUUCAACCAACAAGUCCAAGCGUGAAGGCAGUUUCGAUCACACCGAUGAGAAUACAAAGAAGAUAAAACCAGAAGCCUCGCGUUUGGUUGAAUUUGAAAUUGAAGCUAAUAGCAAAAGCCGUUUCGAGAUAGAAGCUGAUGCGGCAGAGGAUAAAGGAUCAAGGAACACCAUGGAAGAUGCUUGGGUUGUUCUUCCUGACGCCAGCAAUGGUACUCCGGGAAAAUUGAGAUGUGCUCAUUUUGCAAUAUAUGAUGGCCAUGGAGGUCGAUUAGCUGCUGAUUAUGCGCGGAAGCACUUGCAUGGCAAUGUUCUUUUAGCUGGCUUACCACGUGAGUUGCUAGAUGUUAAAGCUGCAAAAAGAGCAAUACUUGAGGGGUUUAGAAGUACAGAUGAAACUCUUCUCAAUGAAAGUAUAGCAGGGGGGUGGCAAGAUGGUGCUACGGCUGUUUGUAUUUGGGUAUUAGGACAAAUGGUUUUUGUUGCUAAUAUUGGGGAUGCAAAGGCAGUUUUAGCUAGGUCAAUACAAUCUGACGUUCCAAAUGAUGGCUCAGAUGGUUCAACUCUAUUAAAGGCCAUUGUUUUGACAAGGGAACAUAAAGCCAUUUAUCCUCAAGAACGUGCUCGCAUUCAGAAAGCGGGUGGAUCUGUGAGUUCAAAUGGAAGAUUACAAGGCCGGCUUGAAGUUUCUAGGGCAUUUGGAGACCGUCAGUUUAAAAAGGUCGGUGUUGUUGCAACCCCAGAUAUCCACUCAUUUGACCUUUCUGAAAGAGAUCAUUUCAUGAUUAUGGGCUGUGAUGGCUUUUGGGGGGUGUUUGUGCCCAGUGAUGCUGUUCGAUUUGUUCAAAACUUACUGAAGGAGGGAUUGCCUGCUUCACAGGUGAGCCGCCGCCUUGUGCGAGAGGCAGUCCGUGAGCGCCACUGCAAAGAUAACUGUACUGCAGUAUUGAUUGUUUUUAAGCAUGAGUAGAAACUGCACUGCCUAGACUUGUUGUAAGUUAUUAUGUGCGAGGGAAUAGUAGGAACCUACUAAAUGAAAGGUAAGACUCAAAGAAAUCUAUGGUAAGGUGGAUAAUAGCCCUUUAAGCCAUCUCUUAUGUGUGAUGUGUCAUGAUAUGUUUCCAUGUUCUUACGGAUGUAGCAGUAAGACUGUCGUGGGUGAUCUUUGAAUAGUAAAAAGAUGUUCAUUCUGAUUAGGCAUGGACUCGGGCCGGAUCAGGCCCGGUCAGGCCGCCGGUUUGUAACGGGUCCGGUUCGGGCUGGGCCACCUGACGAGCACUUUGUCACGGUGCGUCAAAAUAAAUUCAAUACUAAACACUUAUACGUAGUAUAGCGUAGUAGAGUUCGUACCACAAGGAAAGGA